AUGACUCGAAUUCCGCUUACGCUUCAGCAGUAUUCUGAUUGUUCGGCAACUGUAGCUAGAUUGGGAAUCAAUGCUCUUCACAUCAAGCUUCGCGCCACUGGUGGUACAAAGACCAAGACUCCUGGCCCUGGUGCGCAAGCAGCUCUACGAGCUCUGGCCCGCAGUGGAAUGAAGAUCGGACGUAUUGAAGAUGUUACUCCUAUUCCUUCAGAUCAAACCAGACGAAAGGGAGGACGCAGAGGACGUCGUCUCUAA